UGGUGGAUCUCCAGAUCCAGCCUGGAACAGAAUAUCUGUUGCCCACUGAUGUGUCUUGGCUCAUUCUGUGGUGGUGUCAGGACUGCAGACUGAUGGUUUGGUCUAUACUUCGAAUAGAUUAGAUGGUCUUUAUUCGUCCCACAGUGGGGAAAUUCAGCUAUAUUACUUGGUGUUACCUUUAUGUACUAAUGAAGAGGCCCAAGUUAAUACGAUACUUUUUGAAUUAAUGGUUAUGAAUGAGUGAGGAUGACCGCUCUACCAUCUGAGGAUCAGUGGUGAACAGUUAAUGUCAUUUCUACCCUGUUUCCCCGCCAAUCUCUUGAUUUAUCGGAACCGUGGUUGUGUGUAGCUGUGUGUAAACUUAUUGUCUUGUGUUUGUUGGUUUGCUUCUGUGAUGUGCUGUGUGUUUCAUCCAAAGAAACCACACACACACACUCACUUAAGGAUCUUUUAGCCUAAGCACCGACAGCAUGUAUUUGGAAAGUGACAGGAAACCGGAUAUUCUGGAGGAAGCCCAGACAUUUCACUUCAAACAGUGAGGAACCGAGUCGGAUUUCAAUUCAGCUGUGGCUCAGGCUGGGCUUGAACUGUGAACCUUCUCUGCUGUGCUGAGUACAAGAGCUCUACCGGUUAUUUUGUUUAUGAAUUCAACACAAACAUUUAUUGACUGCAUCUAAAGAACUCUACUGAUAGACAACUAUCUUCACAUUAUUCUUUCCAUCCAACUACACAAUGGUGAAACUAUUAAAAACCUGAGGUGGAACACAAACAUGCACUAACUAAUGAAUGUGAUACGCAUAGCGAGUUUAACUUGAAUUCACUGAACUUUGCCUUUCACAUUGACGAUGCUGUCUUGCGAACGUCGGCUCUAGGACCCAGAUGCAGCAGCAGCAGACACCGGUUGAUGAUACUUCGUGUCUAAGAGCCAGUCUUCGUACUGUAGCGUGGACAGGUCUCGCGCGUGCACCGGGACGCACGAGGCCCAGCAGAGUGACCGCACUGUGAGGGUGGACCAGGACCACAGCCAGGACCCACGCUCAGCCCCCUGCACCGCGUCAACCAUGAGCCAGAGGUUCACCGUCUCCAAGAGCGACGGCGAGGCUGACAUCCACGGGGAGGUGAACCAGCUGUUCGAGGUGGACGAGCCGCCGGCCAGCACCAGCGCAGAGACGGGAGAUGCUGUCAGCACCGAGCCGGAGGUCGUGGUACUGAAAGCGGAGAGCAACCCAAAGGAGAGCAGCCCCUUCAUCAACAGCAGCGAUGCCGCCGCCGAGAAGAGCCAGCAGUAUGACGGCAAGAACAUGGCCUUGUUUGAGGAGGAGAUGGACACCAGCCCCAUGGUGUCGUCUCUCCUCAGCAGCCUGGCCAACUAUUCCAACCUGCCCCAGGGCAGCAAGGAGCACGAGGAGGCAGAGAACAACGAGGCCGAGUCCUCACGCAAGAAGCCUGUCAAGGCUCCACAGCUGGGCACUCUGAUGGGCGUCUAUCUGCCAUGUAUUCAGAACAUCUUCGGUGUCAUCCUCUUCCUCAGGAUGACUUGGCUGGUGGGCAUUGGCGGAGUCAUCGGAACCUUCAUCAUCGUCUUCAUGUGCUGUGCCACUACCAUGCUGACUGCCAUCUCCAUGAGCGCCAUCGCGACCAAUGGAGUCGUGCCAGCGGGAGGCUCCUACUACAUGAUAUCCCGCUCGCUGGGUCCUGAGUUUGGGGGAGCCGUGGGAAUCUGUUUCUACCUGGGGACCACCUUCGCCGGGGCCAUGUACAUCCUGGGGGCCAUCGAGCUCCUCCUGAUCUAUAUAGUCCCCAAAGCUGCCAUUUUCCCGCUGGAGGGCCUGGAGGGGGCGGAGGCAGAGGCGGCGCUGCUCAACAACAUGCGUGUGUACGGCACCAUUCUGCUCACCUCCAUGGCCACCGUGGUGUUUGUAGGUGUCAAAUACGUCAACAAGUUGGCCCUGGUGUUCCUGGCCUGCGUCAUCCUCUCCAUCCUGGCCGUCUACGCCGGGGUCAUCAAGACCGCAGUGGAGCCGCCGGACUUCCCUGUGUGUCUGCUGGGGAACCGCACUCUGGUGUGGAAGUCCUUUGACGUCUGCGCCAAGACCAUCGAGACGGCCAACGGGACCGUCACCACGCAGCUGUGGCGCAUGUUCUGUGACUCUUCACUUCUCAACGCCACCUGCGACAAGUACUUUGCGGCCAACAACGUGACCCAGAUCCAGGGCAUCCCAGGGGUGACCAGCGGAAUUCUGGCCGAGAACUUAUUCUCAACCUACUAUGAGAAGGGGGACCUGAUCGCGCGGGUGAACAUGCCGUCGGCGGAGGACCCUGAUGAUCCGUUAACCAGCUCGAACCGUUACGUCCUGGCGGACAUCACCAGCUUCUUCACCCUGCUGGUUGGCAUCUACUUCCCCUCUGUGACAGGUAUCAUGGCCGGCUCCAACCGCUCCGGAGAUCUGCGUGAUGCCCAGAAGUCCAUUCCUAUCGGAACCAUCGCAGCCAUCACCACCACCUCCACUGUCUACAUGUCCAGUGUGAUCCUGUUCGGAGCCUGCAUCGAGGGCGUCGUCCUCAGAGACAAGUUCGGGGAGGGCGUCCACGGGAACCUGGUGAUUGGCACGUUGGCGUGGCCGUCGCCCUGGGUCAUCGUGAUCGGUUCCUUCUUCUCCACCUGCGGGGCCGGACUUCAGAGCUUGACUGGAGCUCCUCGUCUCCUCCAGGCCAUCGCGAAGGACGGCAUCGUCCCGGCUCUUCGGAUAUUCGGGCACGGGAAGGCCAACGGAGAGCCCACCUGGUCCCUGCUGCUGACUGCCUUCAUCUGCGAGAGUGGAAUCCUCAUCGCCUCGCUGGACUCGGUCGCUCCCAUCCUCUCCAUGUUCUUCUUGAUGUGCUACAUGUUUGUCAACCUGGCCUGCGCCCUCCAGACCCUACUGAGGACGCCCAACUGGAGACCCCGCUUCAAGUUCUACCACUGGACUCUGUCUUUCCUGGGCAUGAGCUUGUGCCUCACUCUCAUGUUCCUCUGCUCCUGGUACUACGCCAUCGUCGCCAUGGUGAUCGCCGGCUCCAUCUACAAAUAUAUCGAGUUUGCGGGAGCGGAGAAGGAAUGGGGUGAUGGGAUACGCGGUCUGUCUCUGAGUGCUGCACGUUACGCCCUCAUGCGUCUGGAGGAAGGACCCCCUCACACCAAAAACUGGAGGCCCCAGUUGCUUGUGCUGGUUAGUACAGAUGCAGAGCAGAACGUGGAGCAGCCCCGUCUGCUGUCCCUCACCAACCAGCUGAAGGCAGGCAAAGGUCUGACCAUCGUGGGGACCGCUCUGGAAGGAAAGUUCCUGGAGAACUACGACCAGUCUCAGAAGGCCGAGCAGGCGCUGAGAAAACUGAUGGAGACUGAGAAGGUGAAGGGCUUCUGUCAGGUCACCGUCUCCUCCAACAUGCGCGACGCCACCUCCCACCUCCUCCAGGCCAGCGGACUCGGAGGCCUGAAGCACAACGCCGUCCUAGUGUCCUGGCCCCGGAAUUGGAAGCAGGGAGACGACCAUCAGACCUGGAGGAACUUUAUUGAGCUGGUGAGAGAAACCACGGCGGCUCACUUGGCCUUGCUGGUCCCGAAGAACAUCUCAGCUUUCCCGUCUAACGGCGAGCGCUUCACUGAGGGUCACAUUGAUGUCUGGUGGAUCGUUCAUGAUGGAGGCAUGUUGAUGCUUCUCCCCUUCCUCCUCCGCCAGCACAAGGUGUGGAGGAAGUGCAAGAUGCGCAUCUUCACUGUGGCCCAGUUGGACGACAACAGCAUCCAGAUGAAGAAAGACCUGACCACCUUCCUGUAUCACCUCCGUAUCGACGCCAUGGUUGAAGUUGUAGAAAUGCACGACAGCGACAUCUCGGCCUACACCUACGAAAAGACCCUGGUGAUGGAGCAGCGCUCGCAGAUGCUGAAGCAGAUCAACUUGACGAAGAACGAGCGUGAGCGAGAAAUCCAGAGCAUCACUGAUUCAUCCCGCGGCUCCAUCCGUCGCAAGAACCCCGCCGCUGUGACCACCCAACUGAGUGUGACCGAGGAGCCAGCAGCUGCCAGCAAGGAGGAGAAACCAGAGGAGGAGUCAAAGUCGGCCUCUUCCCCUGUCUGCCCCCCUGCUCAGGUCCAGCUCAUCCACGACAACACCACACCGGCGAGCCCGGCCACCCCGGCCACCCCUCUGACCCCGGGAGAGGCGGCGCAGAGCCCCGGAGAGCAGGUCCAGAUGACAUGGACCGAGAAAUGUGACGGCGAGCCGGCCAAGCCGCCGGGCGCCGCUACACCAGAGGGCAUCAAAGACAUCUUCAACAUGAAGCCUGAGUGGGAGAACCUGAACCAGUUCAACGUGCGGCGCAUGCACACGGCUCUGCGACUGAAUGAGGUCAUCACCAAAAAGUCCUCCGAGGCCAAGCUGGUCUUACUCAACAUGCCCGGGCCGCCCAAGAACCGGACAGGUGACGAGAACUACAUGGAGUUCCUGGAGGUCCUGACCGAGGGUCUGAACCGUGUCCUCCUGGUCCGCGGCGGCGGGCGCGAGGUCAUCACCAUCUACUCCUGAAAGCGCAGCCGCCCCUCCCCCUGCCCUGCACCCUUCCAUCCUCACCUCCUCCUCUUGCUUCUGUCUCACCCCGCCUCCUUCCUCUCAUCGCCGCUGCUUCUCCGCCGUCACCAUCAUGUCGUCCUCUCUGUUUAUCUGUGUGAGAUGCUUCCUGUCACCAGCGACGUCGGAGACAGGUCUAUAUUCUUUCUCUGCUGGUCCGUGUUGACGGGGCGCUGAGCUGUGCGCGCAUGCAUGUUCUUGUCUUUUAUUUAACCUCCGCAGACUCCUGCUUGAGCGUUGUGGCUUAGACGUGGAGAGAAGGAGCUCAUGUGACUGUUGAAGUUCUCCUGCCCGGAUGGACUCUUUUCCUCGUGUGUCGGCGACACAAGCCAACAGGAAGUGAACGUAGGAACUGUGACAUUCACGGAACACUGAGAUCUUGAACCUGAGGGCUCCUCAGCAUGACUCCACUGGUUCUCCUCAUCCUCCUUUCUUGGUGGCUUUUGAACCCCGUGGCCACUGUUAGUGCCAAAAACAACAAGCGAGGCUAGCUUAGCGUGACUUAGUCGAGAGUGACAUGCAGCGAAACUGUGACCGGUGCACUUCCUAGCAGAAGUGAAGCGAGGGGAUCCGUCGUCACCGCCAGCACCGCUCGACCCCUCGUGUGUAAAUAAUGUACAAGCUCUGACGCGUUGUUCUGUAUGAGUGUAGUAUUUUUGUGACACUACGAAGGCAAAAAAGAGUGGGGAGACUUCAAGGAGUCUGAGGGGCAGCUUGGGAAACAAACAAAAAAAAAAAAAGAUAGGAGGUUUGUCCUAAAAAAGCUUCCGUCACUGUGUCACUGACCCUGACCAGCACGCUAACUGUUCAUGAAGCUCAUCUGAAAAGUUAUUUUUCCAUCUAGAGAAGAAAUAUUUAUGUCGAGAGAUGUUAUUUGACAUUCAUAUCUAUGGAGAGUUUAUAUAUCUAACGAUGCCAAAUUUAGAUUUUCAAAAGUGCCAAAUAAAUGCUAAAUUAAAUGAAUCGAAAUCGGAGGGCGGCAACAAGUAAAGAGGCAGCUACUUGAAUACGAGAUGCAUCACGAGGCUACAUGGCUACGUCUUCGUUUCAUCGGCUACGUGACGCUGUGAGCACAAUAGUUGCUGCAGGAAGACGUUCCACCCUCUAACUGAGGACCAUGGUCAGUGACUGACCUCAGAUACUCGGGGUAGAACCGCUGCUAGUGUCUGUUUUCAGACACGUCGUGAUGUGGGACUGAUGUGGGAGGAGGCCUCAGGGCAGGCCCAGGAAGAUUCAGAGAUCCAACCCUUGCCAGGUUGUGUUCUUAAUUCUGAUUUUGAAAGCUUCCCACUAGACUCCAAAAUGUCCACUUUUGGUGAAGCGUUGACCUUCUUCAUCCUAAAUCAGGCGCUUCAGCGGUGAAACGAACGCAUAGCCACACGGACGUAGCCGACUUUAGAAGAAUCUGGCUGAACGAUGGCUCAGACUGAACUCUAUGCAGUAGAGAUUUUUUACGUCAAAAUUUGAGCCACACCCGACGCGUCAUAUCGAAAGGAUGGUGAAACAGCAGAUAUCCAGACUCAUGUGAUCAUGUUAUUUAUUUUUUUACGCAUAUAUUUUAAUAUAUAUGUAGAUCUCAUCUCACUCUGACCAAGAACAGCUGUCACUUUGUUUUCUUUCUGUUCUGUUUUUGGUCACUUGCACUUGUAGUAGAAAUAUGAAUAUAAAUAAAUACACAUAUAUAUAUAAAUACAUAUAUAUAUAUAUAAAUAUAUACAGUCUAUAUAUAAUAUAUAGGGAAGCAAAGCAAAUUAGUUUCUAGAACUAUUUAAAAAGAUUUCAAUGUUUUUAGUGUUGCUUGAAUGUCAGACCAUAUGUUGUGAAUGCUGCUAGUAUCAAUAGAUUUAUUUGUACUGUAAAUAAAAACAAGUAUUCAAGUGAAAAAGGGUAAAGACAAACAUAUCAGCGGCGGUGAAUGACCACGAGGCUUUACCUGCAAAGUAUUUGUCCUGCAGUCUCCCACAGGGUCGAGAAAAAUACCUUGAUGCAAUACAAAGAAAGCCUCCACCCUGUGUCCCGUUCUGGGGGAGCGCUGCGUCCAUGUUGGGCAUUUUGCUCUCAGUAACAUGAUCUUUAAUUUGCUAUUUUUUUAAAGAAAUGUCAAUCAAAAAGUUGCGUAGAAGUUACACAGCAUUUUACGGCACAGAUGGCUUCACUGUGGAAUAUAUCUUUGGAGUUGUGUAGUUAAUAGAAGAGCUCUUUGACUUGUGAGAAACAUGUUUGAUUAUUUUUAAAGAUUAGAAUUUUCUCUUUCUUUCAAAACACAUUUCUUAAAUGUAGCCAUUAGUGUGACUUUGCUAUCUCACUGAAUAUCGGAAGUUACCUUCGAUGCAGUGGCAAACAAAUGUCUACAUGUUUCUGAGUGCGUCAUUUGGAGCAUAUGUUAAUUUACAAACUGGGGGCUGCGCUUUAUAGUCACAGUGUCAUCCAACACAGUCACUGCAAAAAAAGCAAAUAAAAAAACAAGCUGUCAUUCAGUUGAAGCAAAAAUCCCUUCAUGGACGUGGCACACUACCAGAAGAAAAUACAAUAUUCUCCAACGAAUAAUCUCCUAAGAUUUCUUUUUCAAACACGUUCCGGGGUUCCCUCCACAACCUUGCCUGCAUCAACUGAGCCUUUUUAAAUUUCACUCUAAAGAUUAUCGGGGGAGUUUAUUGCAGAAGAAUUGAUUUCAAUGUUUUAUAAUUGCUGUUUGCAUGGUUCUCUGUGGCAAUACUCGUUUCAGUGGUUUCUAUAGUGGUGACGCAGGAAAAACAAACCACUCGUGUUGAGUUGAAACUUUGGCUAAAAAAAGAACAAAAAACACAAAUGAGUUGCUCAUAUUUCUGUGGGGGAAGAAACGGUUUCGACGAGUGUAAAUAUACUCUCGCUCCGGUCAGAGACACUGUAACCUUCUGAUGUUGUCUUCUGUUGUGCACUGUUCUUUCACUGUGGACGAGUCCUUGAUCGGUUUUGUAUGACCAUGUGCAAUAUUGCUGUUUCUUUCUCGCAUUAUUUAUUUAUAUAAACCACUGGAGGCGGCACCACGUGUUUUUUAUUUUCUCUGAAUGUUUGCCUCACGGUCACCGCGACCACACAUCGGGGAAUCUGAAGUAACAAAGCACUUUAAUCUGAAUUUAUUCCGAGGUCGUGCUGGACCCCGACUCACCUCCUGGUUAGUUCCAGGAAAGAGCUGGUCCUUCAGACAGAGAGCCACUUUGGUCCUGCAGAAUCUAAGCUUCUGCUGGUUCUCGGUGAGACUAGGAAGCAGAGGGGACGUUCCAAAGUCUGUUCCCAUGUUCACGAGAAUGGAGCCCAGACACCAAACGCUCCGUUUACAGAUCAACUUGGUACCUGCCAAACAACAACACCAGGAAAGGGUUUACUUCCCUCAGAAGAGUGAAGAGCUCUGCAUCUGCAGAGACUCGCAUUAGAGCGAUUAGACCCAGAGAAGUAUAGUGUUGAAGCCCAUUAUGACCAGCCUUGCGGCUGAACAGUUAACAAGUCAACCAUCUUAUUUUAUUAUAUUUUCUUCUAUUUAUUAAGUUGAUAAAGUUAUUCUUUACAGCAUUUCAUCAGUCAAUUACAACAGUUUAACUACCUUUUGAGUCCAAUAGUUUAUGACAUUUACUUCAUUAUAUUUUUCUAUUUAUGAUGGUGCAGAAAGGUGUUUAAAUUUGACCGAAUCCAAACUUGAGGACACAUGCAGACCUGCCAAAUGUGGCAGACAUAAACCAAAGGCAGAUGAAAGUGUCGCUUAAAGUGACAAACGUUUGAAAGCUCUGUCGCCCUGCUUCACCUUGGCGAUGGCCGCUGCCACGCUUGCUGUGUCUUUCGUGAUGGGCAGAUGAGGCUUCAUGAAACAGUGUCCUCAUUUUCAGAGCCCAGGAGAUGGUGCUGUCUGUUUAAAAAAAGAUGAGUUUUUCUUUCAAUUGGUUGUUCAAAUCCAUAGACUUUAGUCCAAAAGGGCGCCAUCUAGUGGGCUCUUAAAAGGACCACACUGUUUCAUGAAGCAUCACGACCCCAUCACAAGGUGUCCUGUACUUGGUAGCAGGUCCAAAGACGCCGCAGUCACUCUGGCAUGGGAAUGUUUUGUAUUAGUGGUUACAGAAUUGUAAAAUCAUGACCUACCUGCGCGGUCCAACAGUGCCCUCUGGCGGCAGAGGAGUAUAUUACAGGCCUGGUAUUUUCUGCUCAUCUAGUUUCUCAUCUCACUCAGCGCAUGCAUCACUGUAUUAUUUCUCUUUAAAAAAUAAGAAAAACAGUGUCCUGUUUUUGUGCUUGUUACUGAAAAUGUGAGGUGAGCCCUCCCCACCCUCCCCUCCUCCCAGGCGUCCCCUCCCUGCCCACCCACAGCUCCCCCUACACCCCAGCUCUGUACUUUUAAAUGUGAUUGCAGUCAGAAAAAAAAAAAAUAUAUAUAUAUAUCUAUAUAUGAUCAAAGAAUAUAAAACUUGCGCUUCCAGUCCUGGGACCAGCUCUGCUUCCAAAGCGAUAGUCCACUUUUUGUUUUCUCUUUGGAACCAGCACCCCCCCACCCCACGGCCUCCCCCUCCCUCCUCCCCCCGUCCUCUGGUUGAUCAGAUCGCUCACCCGCACAACUGUAGCAUGAGACAAAGCUGCCGGUGACCACUACUCAGUCUCCAUCCUUAAGUGGAUACUAAGGGCUCUGACUGACACACAUCUGGGUCCAGGACGUCGUCCAAGCCGGUGAGAUUUCCAAACCAGUCCCAGGUUGUGGCACACAAGUCCGCAUCUGAUAAUCCCAGGCGCCGGCUGCGCUCCGGUGGCUAUCCCUGCAAGCAGAGUCCGUCCCGGGCACGUUGUGUACCAGUGCAUGCAUGUGGUGACCUUGGCACAAGGUGUAUGACCAUAUAUAGUGUCGUAUAUUGUUUUUGAAAUUCUUUUAAUUGGUUUACUUGUAGUAGACUACUUCAACGGACCCAUCACUGCAUCGAUAUAUAGAUUUAAUAGUACAUUCGUUGACAUGGUCUCGCUGUAUCAAGAGAACCAAAGUCUAGUGAUUUACACGCAGAGGCGUCUUUUUAAAUAUGUAGCUCGGCCAGUUUGGCUUUUCAACGAAACAAACGUUUGCGUUUAACUCACUGGAGUGAUUCGAGUUGUGAACAUAAGCAACUAAAUUUUCACCGAUGAUUUUUGAUCUUUCCACACUGUACCCGGUGAAGUGUUUCAGUUGUGUGGGCGUGUGUACGUGCGUGUACUCGUGAGUGCUGGGGGUGCGGGAGGUUGCGGGUGCGGGCGGGAGUGGGCUGUGUGUAAAUAAAUUAAAUAAACUUAAUGUGGAGGUGUUUAUUUUUGUGUCAGUGUAAGUUAUAUAUUGGGAAAAAAAACAUGUAUUCUCUAUUGUGUUUCAUGAUACAUUGGAAAAAAAAAAAAACAAGGAACGGUAGAUUUAUCAUUUCAAAUGCUUAUAUGGCUUCUGGCUAUUCCUGUUCUAUUUUAUAGAUUUGUCAGCACAAAAUGCAAUAAACCGAUACCAUUUUAUUACA